AUGGAGAAGUGGAGUGAUUUAGUGGAUAAUCUGAAAUCAGCCGAAGAGAGGAUAGAGAAGAGGUUCAAGGAAUUAGAGUCGAAAGAGGAGGAGUUGCAAAACAGAAGCCUUGCUCUUGAAGAAAGGGCAAAAGUGGUUGAAGCAGCUGAAUUUGAGGUGAGUGGUGUAAAGAUGAAAGCCGAUGAACUCAAGAAGGCAAUUGAAGAUAAAGGAGAUGAACUGGGGAUUCUUGAGACGUUGGUGGAAGAGUGUACGGUGAAUCAAACGUUAAAGACAACUCAACUUGAUGAGUUGAUGGAAUCUUUGAGAAAAACUCAGGCUGAGUUCGAUUUGAAAAGGGAAACACUAGCUAAAAUGGAGGCUGAUCUUGAGAGGCAUCGCGUUGAGGUCAUCGCAGAGAAGGAGCAGUUAGAUAAGACUCAAACUUGUGUGAGAGAAUGUGAUGAGGAAAUCGAGAGAAAGAAAAAUUACCUAACGUUGGUUCAGGACAAAACUGCGGAAUGUGAGAAGCUCCUUAAGACACGUUCCUCGGAACUUGAAUUGAAGGUGGAACAGUUAGAAAUAGUGAAGACUGAUCUUGAAACUCGCAAUAUAGAAUUGGACGAGGAUAUAGAGAGAAAGAAGAACGAUCUCAAAGCGAUUUAUGAUGAAAUAGCGGAAAGUGGUAAGCCGCUUGAAUUGUUGAGGAAGCGACUGGAUUCUCAGCAGAAGCUGCUUGAGACACGUUCCUCGGAGCUUGCUGCUAAGAAGAAAGAAUUUGUAAAACUGAGUAUGGACCUUGACCUGAGGGACCACAUGGUCGUAUCACUAAAUGAAGACUAUGACAAGACUUGUCACAAGAUUGUGUCAAAAGCUAAGGAGCUGGAGGAGAUUGAAACGCGGAUUGAGGAAAGGAAUGAAGAAUAUGAAUCAAUCAACUUGUUGAUCAAGGAACACUGUGAAGAACUUGCUUCUAAAGAGAAGGAGCAGACAGAGAAAACGGAGGCAAUCCGUAAACUAUCCACGGAACUUGUCUGUAAAGAGAAGACAUUGGAAAGAUCUGAAGUUUUCAUCCAGCAGCUCUCUGAGAAACUGCGUUCAAAAGAGAACAAACUAGUAACGUGCACUGCAGAUCUUGAUUCAGAGAAAAAGAAACUUCGCUCUGUGAGAUAUACACUCAGGGAGUGUCUUAAAAACCUGGAAACCAAAAAGAGGGAGUUAGAGUCUUUAGAGUCACUCAUCACUGCAGACAAAAACAAACAAGUCGAAGGAGGAGAGAAGAAAAUGCAACAUUUGGAUGACGCCAAUAAGGAACUUAAGAGACAAAUCCAUGUGAAACAAGAAGAGCUUCUUUCAAUCAAGAAGGCGAUCAUGGAAUGCUCAGGUGAAUUGGAAUCUAAGAAGAAACAUCUUAAUGAGGUUCAAAGCUCAAUUACUGAUCUUACCGCUGAGCUCAAAUCAAAACAAUGUGAUCUUGGUUCUGUCAAGGAAAAGAUUCAAGACAGCUUGAAAGAACUGGAGUCUGUAACGGAGCAGCAAGUCAGCAUUAAAAGAUCGUUGAUGGAACGUGAGAAAGAGCUUGAUGCUCGGGAGGAAAGGAUUGAUAAAAGAGAUGAGCUACUGAAAUCUACAAAAGAGAAGUUGGAUAGAUGUGUUAAGGAUUAUGAGCAGGAAGCACAGAAAUUGCCUAGCUCUUGUCAACAAAGAAACCGGGAUCAAGAUCUUGCCCUAAUACCUGUCAACAAUGUAGUAUCAUUGGAUGCUAGUCCUGAAGUGCAGCAGCCACCAAAUGAGAGGCAAAUAUCUCUUUGCAGUGAAACAAACACCGAAGAUACAACUUCAAGGUCAGGCCAACAAGGAGCUGAGAAGAAGCGUGGUGGCUAUGGUGAUUUUUGUGGAAAGCCAGAUGAGUUUUGCAUCUCUGGGAGGAAGAUGACAAUCCCAAAGAAACCUCGGCAUGCAUACUACCAGGCAUGUAACAACUCAAAGAAACGUGGGAGAGAUGAUGAGUCCUUGUCUCAGUCCAUAGGCGAUGACGCCGUAACAUGCUCAGAUCCAGAGGCUCACGUGCCGUUGUCUCCUUACACAACCGGGAAAGAAGACUGUGUUGACUUCGAGGACCAGAGAUCUUGCGACAAGUUCAAGAUUAACCAAGUGUGGGCAACUUACACCGAUGGCCAAGGGAUGCCGAGGAAGUACGCUCAGAUCAAGAGAAUCCAGACAAGUCCUGAGUUCAAGCUGCACGUAGCGCCUCUAGAGGUGCAUCGUCGAGGACGUCCUUCGAACCGCGUGACGCGUCCCGUGUGCUGCGGCCGGUUCAAGGUGAGAACCGGUAUACCAGAGGUGCUUUUGCCUCGCAGCUUCUCACACCAGGUUAGAGCCCUGAGGAGUGACAUGGACAGAUUCGAUGUAUACCCAAGAAAAGGUGAGAUAUGGGCUCUGUACAAGAAGUGGAACGCCGCAGAGUGCGGUCAGUCUGAACAAUUUAGAAUUGUGGAAGUUGUUGAAACCGACGAGCAGAGGAUUCGAGUGGUGCCUUUGACUGUGAAAGGGUUGAACAAGGUUGUCUUUGGAAGGAGUAGAGAUUCGAACGCUUAUUUUGUCGACAUCCCCAGAACGGAAGCGAGUAGGUUCUCGCAUCAGAUUCCUGCCUUCAGAGUCAGAGAAGUGACUCGGUAUGGAGAUGGCGAAUGCUGCUGGGAGCUUGACCCCAAAGCAGAUACGGCGAGGUUCUGGCCGGUAAUCAUGAAGAGUGACUUCCUCACUUCCACUACUCACCUCAAUCCUUCAAUAUUUCUUCCCAAAAUACCCUCGAGGAGGUCGAGGAUAUCGAUAAGGUCCUCUGCUUCCCCCGGAGUCCGACCCGACCCGUGGUCUCUCAGCGACGGGAACCCGGAGAGACCGAAGCCGAGAUACGAGAGGCCGAAACACCCGUUAUCGGACGACGACGCGAGGCGAAUCAUAAAGAAGAAGGCGCAGUACCUGAGCACGUUGAGGAGGAACCAAGGCUCUCACGCUAUGACUCCCAAGUGGAUUAAGCGCACCCCUGAGCAGAUGGUUCAGUAUUUGGAGGAUGAUCGGAACGGUCAGAUGUACGGCAAGCACGUGGUGGCUGCGAUUAAGACGGUGAGAGGCUUGUCGCAGAAGAGGGAAGGUAGUGCCGAUAUGAGAGUCGUGAUGGGCAGCUUCGUCGCGAAGCUGACUUUCAGAGAUAUGUGCGUCGUUUUGAAAGAGCAGAGAGGUUGGAGACAAGUCAGAGACUUCUUCGCCUGGAUGAAAUUGCAGUUAAGCUAUCGUCCAAGUGUCGUCGUCUACACGAUUGUUCUUCGUUUGUAUGGACAAGUCGGGAAGAUAAAGCUGGCCGAGGAAACCUUUUUGGAAAUGCUCGAAGUUGGGUGUGAACCAGAUGCAGUAGCCUGCGGUACGAUGCUGUGCACAUAUGCUAGAUGGGGACGCCACAACGCUAUGUUGACGUUCUACAAAGCUGUUCAAGAAAGGCGAAUCGUCCUCUCUACUUCUGUGUACAAUUUCAUGCUCUCAUCUCUUCAGAAGAAGUCACUCCACGAGAAGGUGAUAGAUCUGUGGUUAGAAAUGGUGGAGGAAGGUGUGCCGCCGACUGAAUUCACAUAUACGGUAGUUGUGAGCUCAUAUGCAAAACAGGGCUUCAACGAGGAUGCGUUGCAGGUUUUUGGUGAGAUGAAGAGCUUAGGUUUCGUGCCAGAGGAAGUAACUUACAGUUCGGUUAUUAGCUUAAGUGUCAAGGCUGGUGAUUGGGAUCAGGCUGUUAGAUUGUACGAGGAUAUGAGAUCUCAAGGAAUCACUCCGAGUAACUAUACUUGUGCUUCUAUGCUAAGUUUAUAUUACAGAACUGAGAACUACCCGAAAGCGCUUUCUCUCUUCGCGGACAUGGAGAGAAACAAAACUCCAGCUGAUGAGGUCAUCCGCGGGUUGAUCAUCCGAAUAUACGGGAAGCUUGGACUUUUCCAUGAUGCACAGGCUAUUUUUGAAGAGACUGAACGCAUGAAUCUACUGUCUGAUGAGAAAACGUAUUUGGCAAUGUCUCAAGUCCAUUUGAAUUCGGGAAAUGUUGCCAAAGCAUUAGAUUGUUAUGCUAAGAUGCAGAAUGUAGACUGUGCUGAGGAUGCAUUUCAAGCUUUGUCGAAGACUGGACUUCCUGAUGCCAGUUCUUGUAACGACAUGCUCAGUUUGUAUACCAGGCUCAGUUUGGGAGAGAAAGCUAAGGGUUUCAUCAAGCAGAUAAUAGCUGAUCAGGUGCACUUUGAUAUAGAGCUUUACAAGACGACGAUGAGAGUGUAUUGCAAAGAGGGAAUGGUAGCAGAAGCUCAAGAGCUGGUAAGGAAAAUGGGUAAAGAGGCUGUGAUUAAGGAUAACAGAUUUGUACAAACACUUGCAGAGGCUAUGCAUAUCGAAAGACACAAGAAAGAGAAACACGAAGCAGUUAUGAACGUGAGUCGCCUUGAUGUCACGGCUCUUGGUAUGCUGCUCAAUUUGCGGCUAAACGAGGGAAAUUUGAAUGAGACUAAAGCAAUCUUGAAUUUAAUGUUCAAGACCGAUCUUGGUUCAGCGGCAGUAAAUCGAGUCAUUAGUAGCUUUGUGAGAGAAGGUGAUAUAUCUAAAGCAGAAAUUCUUGCCGAUAUGAUUAUCAGUCUAGGACUCGGUAUAGAGGAGGAAACAAUUGCGACUUUGAUUGCUGUGUACGGGAAACAACAUAAGCUUAAAGAGGCGAAACGGCUUUAUCUUGCAGCAGGAGAAUCUAAAACGCUGGGGAAAUCUGUUAUCAACUCAAUGAUUGAUGCCUAUGUCAGAUGUGGUUGGCUUGAAGCUGCGUAUGGACUCUUCAUGGAAUCAGCAGAAAAGGGCUGUGACCCAGGAGCUGUUACGGUCAGCAUACUCGUGAAUGCCCUAACAAAUCGAGGGAAACACAGAGAAGCAGAAGAAAUAUCACGGGCCUGCCUUGAAAAAGACAUGGAGCUCGAUACCGUGGGAUAUAAUACUCUUAUCAAGGCAAUGCUAGAAGCAGGGAACCAACACUCAAACCUCUGUUGUCACAGUGUGUACGGGCGGGGUCUGCAGCUGGACAAAGCAAUUGAGAUUUUCAGCAACGCUCGAAGAGCGGGAGUGUAUCUGGACGAGAAAAUAUACACAAAUAUGAUUAUGCAUUAUGGGAAGGCUGGAAACAUGAGUGAAGCAUUGGCGUUGUUCAGUGAAAUGCGAAGGAAAGGGAUCAAACCUGGAAUGCCAAACUGUUCGCAAGGUCUCUAUCCAAUGGCUUACAUAACAGUGGAUACUGGGGAAUAUUUGCAGACAAGUUACAACAUGCUGGCAAUGGAGAGUAAUGGCCUCUUUACGGACGACGACUCAUCCACAUACCUCUCCCUAAUUCAAGCCUAUGCCGAGAGUUCACAGUACACAGAAGCAGAGAAAAUGAUCACUCUCAUGCAAGAGAAAGGCAUUCCGCUAUCUCGAAGCCAUUUCAGUUCAUUGCUCUCUGCUUGUGCCAAAGCUGGAAUGAUGGAUGAGGCCGAAAGGAUCUACUGCAAGAUGACAGAAGCUGGUAUCAGCCCAGACAGUGCUUGCGGACGCGCGAUCCUAAAGGGAUACAUGAACUGUGGUGAAGCAGAGAAGGGAAUAUUGUUCUAUGAGAAAAAGAUACGAAAUUCUGUGGAAAAUGACAGAUUUAUAAACAGCGUUGUUCAAGAUCUGUAUAAAGCUGUAGCUCGGUGUUGGUCAUGCCUGCCUUCAGAGCAGCAGCACUUGCCUUUGCUUCGCUGA